AUGCCUCAGCUCCUGGACGCCGCACCGUACAUCGAGGAGAGCAUCGGGAACUUGACUGGCGUCUUCUCAUUGGUCAGUUACAGCGCUCGUGGUAUGCUCAUCCGGGCGGGGAGGACGAACGAAGAGUGUCUUGGAAACCUUAGCUGGGUCCUGGAUAAUUUGAAUCCACUCAGCGCUGCCGAAUAUAAUGGAGCUGCAAGUGGUCUGACUCUGCUGCCCACUGCCGGGGCGUUGAUCGGCGCUCCUGCCAAGGAGCUGUGGAUUGUCUACAAGCUAAUGCCUGUUGCCGGCGUCCUCACGAUGUGCCUAUCGCUAGGUGGCACGAUCAUGCCAUCUCAGGCUGGGCAGUAUGAUCCAAAAGGGGCAUUUGAUUUUGGUGGGAUUCUAGUUUCUGACAGGAAAGCGAGAAAAGAGUAUGCGAAAUUGGAUGAAGAGACAAAGCAUAAUGGACAGGCACAACUGUUCGCUGAAAAAGUCAGGGAGCGCGCUGACGACCAGAGAGGUGCAAAUUAUGGCAAGAUUUGGCUCGCUGUUGUGAUGCUGCUCGCCUUCAAUGUCCAGAUCGUGGUGAUUCUGUGGUAUGCUGAACGAGGAGCAGUCAUUCCAUGGUGGUGCAGUUUCUAUGGAUGGAUGCUUAUCUGGUACUUCCUCCUCACGGUUUCUUGUUUGAUCGACAACACCGCCUCAAACCCGUUCUAUCAGACCUGGACCAUACGUGUCUCUAGAGCACCUGAGAUCAUGGAGAUCAGCGACAGAUGUCCAUUGCUAGUCACCGAUUCAAUCGAAGACGACGGCGCCAUCAUCCAAAACCUUCGUAAAGGUUAUAACGUGGACAGUCGCGUCGUCAUCCCCCAUUCCCGCUCCUACGCCAAAUCCAGAGUGUGCUUCUACGUCGUCGUGCCUCAAACAGGAACCAGCCGCUGGCGAGCCGCCCUUCGCAUCUUCAGCCGCGGCUCCAACAUCGCCAGCUUCGCUUUCGGCACCACUCUCUUUGCGAGUUCUCAACUCCUGUCCGUGAGCUUGGCCCUUAUCACCAUCAUCUGUACCAUGGUGCCUGCCGUCCUGGGCCGCGUGUUGUCCAUGUGGAUCGCGCUCGAGAUGAACAAGCACAACAAGGCGAUCCUGCAUGCCGUCGUCCCCACGCACCUCGAAGCUUCAAAAUAUCUCAACGCCAUCCUGAAGCAGAAGGGCUUGGUCUUCGAGACGCAGGGCCACAUCGUGGUUGACGGUCGUGUCAUUUGUCGCUAUAACCAGUGGUUUUCCUGGAGCAGGUAUGUGGGGUUGCUUGCUCCCCCUUUCAAUAUCAUCAAGAAAGCUACGUCUGGAUAUAUGACGGCAGUCACCGCCAUGCCAGCUGAUGGUGAGCCGCUGAGCGGGCCACCAGGCUCAUCUAUGAAGAAAAGCGCCACCGUACGCACGACUUCUGCUGAAACAUUGAUAAAUGGCCAAACUGGAUUGGAGCCCUCCGUUUAA